AUGUUUACAGUAGUUGAGAUGAAAGAUACUGUUCGUAUACCUCCGUGGAAAUUCCACAAACCUUUAAAAGAUGCCAUUGAAGAUGAAUUGCGGUUAAAAUUUGCGAAUAAGGUAGUGAUGAAUGUUGGCCUUUGCAUAGGAUUGUUUCAAAUAACAAGGCUGGAAGAAUCAUAUAUAUUUCCUGGAGAUGGAGCAUCGCAUACUGGAGUAUAUUUCAAUUAUAUCGUGUUUCGUCCAUUCAUGAAUGAAAUUAUGGUAGGGAAGAUACGUAGUUGCAGUCGUGAAGGAGUGCAUGUGUCUAUAGGAUUUUUUGAUGAUAUACUGAUACCUCAAGAUGUUUUGCAGCAUCCAUCUAGAUUUGACGAAAAAGAGCAACUUUGGGUUUGGGUUUUUAGCAAUGAAGAAAGUGGUCAAACGCAUGACCUUUUUAUGGACAGAGAUGAACCUAUCAGAUUCCGAGUUAUAGAUGAAACAUUUGUUGACACUACUCCAACCAGUCCAGAAACAGAAAAUUCUGAUGCAGAAGAAAAAGAUAGAAGGAUACCUUAUAACUUGACGGGUUCCAUUAAUGAACCAGGAUUAGGUUUAUUAUCAUGGUGGAGCUAAAAAUUGCUGCAUACCAUCACAAAAUCUCUUGUGUAAAUAUUCUGAAAUUUGUCCUAACUGCAUUCUAACUGAGUAACCUGUGCCCAUUUUUGAAAUGCUUAGUGUGAUAUGUGUAUAUGUACAUAUUUUACAUGCAGAAAGAAAAUGUAAACAUCAAUUUUCAAAUAUUUAUUUACAUUUAUUUAAAUAAUACAGUACAUAUUUUCAUAUUGUGCCAUUCACAGAAUAUUGCAUUGGAAUAUCACACCUGUAAUAUACUCUGCUUUGCAGAGACCAAUUUCAAUAUCUAAGCUGUUAAGAGUAUGUACACAAAAAGCAACUUUGUUUUGAACUGACAUAAGUAAAUAUUUACAGCAUAUUCUAUUUUCAUACAUAAUAUCACAAGUAUAUUGUGAGAGAAAAAGUGAUGAAAUUUUUAACCUUUAAAUAUUUGUGCAUUAAAACUGCAUUUGCAAUAUCUUGGGUUUUUGGUAUAACUUGAGUUUGUAAUAGUUUUAUUUCAAAGUUGAAAUUAUUCUUUAUAUGUUUGUGGAAUUUAGUCUAGAUACAAAGAAUAGCAGCUCAUCAAUUAGUUAAAAUGAAUAAGUAUUUCAUUAUAGUUAAUCAAUUAGCUGGUGGAUUGUUAAAUCAUAAUUAUUUCCAAUUUAAGUACAAUUCACUAUUGAAUUUUAACAAAAUUUGCAAUUUUUUAAUUAUGAGUGAAAAUAGAUGCUAUUUAAGAGCAGUCUGUUGAAAUUUAUUAGUGGAUUAUUUCAUGAUUAACCUUCAACUUCCUUUCACUUAAAAUAACCUUCAACUUAUUCCUUAAGCACAGUAUUUGUCCAUUAUAUGCUAAUGAAAAUUUCAUGUAUUAUAUAUUUAUGUGCUUAUUUUUUAACAGUUAGAGUGUUAUGCCAUGAAAUUUUUAAACUUAUAUCUUCACCCCAAAAUGCCCAUGAGUUUACAUGCUGUUUUUAUUAGCUUCAAGGUCCCAUGAUUCAGUAUUUGUUAAAAUCUUUGCUCUAAAUUAUAUGGAAAAUAAUAAAUGUGGCAGUUUAUUUUUGUGCUACAACAAAUGUUGUAAGUAAAUCAUGGUACACUUGAUGUUCUGCUGCUCUUGUAUCAAGUGAGCACUUUUUUUAAUAGUUUUUUUUUUAUUUUAUCUUAGAAUAACAAAUGUAAUUAUGUUUCUUGUGUGUUGAUAAAUAUUCUAGAGAGAAGAAUCUUAUUCUUAAAUUUAUAUUUUCAUUCUUUUAUGUCUUUAUUGAAUAAAUGUGUAUAUUCAAGUGAGUUACUGAAUCGUGAUAUGGUUUAGUCUUUAGAUUUUUGUAUCAUAUAGAUUUUAUAUUUAUUAUUUCUUGAAGAAUGAAAGAAAGUAUUCCAAUUUAUGUUGUGUGUUCAAAAGAAAACUUCAUAUAUGGUAAUAGGUCUUCAUCUUUCUUGUCCAGUGCUUUGAGAAAUGAAAUAAAGAUAGCUUCUUUUCUAUCAGUCACGAAAUUAUUGAAUCCCCACUUUUUGGUGUAAUACUGAUUAUUAGAAGUUUAUCUAUAUAAUUACAAAGUAAUCUGUAUGGAAUUGACUAACUUUUUGUAUAAUAGAAAUAAUAAUUUAAUAUAUAAUGUAAGAGAAUUUAUUCUCAAAAGUGAUAAUUAAGCUAUCUUGCUUUUGUGUAUUUUAUAUUAGAAUAAAUAUGCAAUGUAUUUGAAAUUUGUAAAAUAAAUAAUUCAUCACAUUU